GGGGGCAGUCCUGCCGUGCCCCGGGAGCCGCUGCUGUUCCGUCCCGUACCGUCCAAGGGCGUUUUGGAGCCUUAGAGAAGCCAGUGUGUCCCCUCUCCCUUGAAGGCCGUGGAAAAUGGGCUUCCUGGGCAAGCUGGCGGCGCUGCCAAAACUUAGCGGUGCGGCGGCGGGCCGGGGCGGCGGUGCCUGGCGGCGGCCGGGCCGGCGCUGUGCGGGUGUCCCGCUGCCGCUCCCGGCCCGGGCCGCGGCCGCUCCCCGCCCGCCGCCCGGCGGCCGCGCCGCCUCCUCCCGGCCGCUGGGCAAGUACGAGGAAGUUUUCCGGUCCUGCCUGGCGGAGCCCCAGAAAGUCUGGGGGGAAGUCGCCGAGCAGAUCCAGUGGUACAAGCCCUGGGUCCGGACCCUGGAGAGGGGCAGCCUGGGGAGCGCCUCCUGGUUUGUAGGUGGAGAGCUGAAUAUCUGUUACAACGCUGUGGAUCGUCAUGUUGAGAAUGGACGAGGAGACCAAAUUGCCAUUAUUUAUGACAGUCCUGUAACAAAUACCAAAGACAGAAUAACAUAUAAGGAACUUUUGGAACAGGUCUCCAAGUUAGCUGAUGUCAUGAUCAAACAUGGUGUGAAGAAAGGAGAUCGUGUGGUCAUCUACAUGCCCAUGAUUCCACAGACAGUGUACUGUAUGCUGGCUUGUGCGAGAAUAGGAGCCAUCCAUAGCCUGAUUUUUGGUGGAUUUGCAUCUAAAGAGCUUUCGGUUCGCAUUGAUCAUGCAAAGCCCAAACUUAUUGUAACAGCAAGUUUUGGAGUAGAACCAACAAGGAAAGUGGAAUACAUAUCUCUGCUAGAAGCAGCACUGGCAAGGGUACAGAGCAAACCUGAUAAAGUUCUCAUUUACCAGCGGCCUAAUUUGGGCCAUGUUCCUCUUACCAAAGGUCGUGAUCUUGACUGGGAAGAAGAGCUUGCAAAAGCCCAGUGUUCAAAAUGUGUCUCUGUUCCCUCAGACCAUCCACUUUAUAUUCUGUAUACAUCUGGAACAACAGGUUUGCCCAAGGGUGUUGUGAGACCAACUGGUGGCUAUGCAGUUAUGCUGAACUGGACCAUGUCAGCUGUAUAUGGUCUUAAACCUGGUGAGGUAUGGUGGGCAGCUUCUGAUUUAGGCUGGGUUGUUGGUCAUUCCUACAUUUGCUAUGGACCUCUCCUUCACGGGAAUACUACAGUUUUGUAUGAGGGGAAGCCUGUGGGAACGCCAGAUGCUGGUGCCUAUUUCCGUGUGCUAGCAGAGCAUGAAGUGGCUGCCUUCUUUACAUCACCAACUGCAAUUAGAGCAAUCCGUCAGCAGGACCCUGAGGCAGCCUUGGGAAAGCAGUACUCGCUGAAAAGGUUCAGAAUGAUGUUUGUAGCUGGUGAGCACUGUGAUGUGGACACACUAGAAUGGUCAAAAAGAGUCUUCAAGGUACCUGUCUUGGACCACUGGUGGCAAACUGAAUCUGGUUCUGCAAUUACGGCUUCCUGCAUUGGUUUGGGGAACUCUACAACACCUCCACCUGGACAGGCAGGAAAACCAGUGCCAGGAUAUAAUGUCAUGAUUCUGGAUGAAAAUAAGAAACCAGUGAAGGCAAAGACUUUGGGAAAUAUUGUGGUAAAGUUGCCUUUGCCUCCUGGAGCAUUCUCAGGUCUUUGGGAAAAUGAAGAAACAUUUCAGAAGUUAUAUUUCCAAAAGUUUCCAGGAUAUUAUGACACUAUGGAUGCUGGUUAUAUGGAUGAAGAUGGCUAUCUCUAUGUCCUGUCUCGAGCUGAUGAUGUGAUCAAUGUUGCUGGACACAGAAUUUCUGCAGGUGCAAUUGAAGAGUGUAUUCUCUUCCAUCCUGCUGUGGCAGACUGUGCUGUUGUGGGCCAGGAGGAUCCUUUAAAAGGACAUGUUCCAUUUGCACUGUGUGUUCUGAAACAAGGUGUAAAGAUGCAAGACAGUAAGAUUUUGAAAGAGCUUGUUGAGCAAGUUCGGACCAGCAUCGGUCCAGUAGCAGCUUUCCAGAAGGGGAUGUUUGUGACCCAGCUACCAAAAACACGCUCUGGCAAGAUCCCACGUUCUGCUCUCUCUGCACUUGUCAGUGGAAAGCCAUACAAGAUAACACCAACCAUUGAAGAUGCUAGUGUGUUUAAACACAUUGAAGAAUUGCUAAAGAAAAAUUAAAUGGGAUUAUACAUAAUAACGAGCAUUUCAGUUAUUCAAGUAUACAAAGAACCUUUUUUUUUUUUUUUUGUUAAUAAUACAUUUUAAAACCAAGUAAUGCUUUGGGAAUAAAUGCUUUUUCUACAGAAACAUUACUGUGUUCUUUACCAUCUUGCCACAGCCACUGACACAUAGUAAAGUCUCUGGGUGCUGUCAAUAUAUUCUGGUUAUUAAGAUGGCUAAGAAUUGCAAAUAGAAUUCAUACAUUGCUGUAGUCUUAAAGGGAAGGAGUCAUUGGAUUGUCCAUGUUAUACAGUGUCAUGUAACCUUACAUUUCAAUCUGUUUUUUAUAAUGUGACCAGUAACUUUUGUUUGGCUAAAGCAGUUUACAAAAGGUAAACCCUGAACAGAGGACAGCAAAAAAGGAAAUUGAUUGUGAAAAUUGUUGUGGACAUAAAAUUGUUCUUACUUGUAAAUUGUAAGUUCUUGUCUUUUAGAUUUUUUCUAAAAUUAAAAUGUUAAGAUUAGUUCUCUUGAUUCUUUUUUCUUUUUUUUUUCAAAGUCUUUCUGCCAUAAAUGAGAUUUCUAUACAUUUUUUACUCAAUAACUUUCUGAAGAGUCUUUUUUGUAAAAUGAUAAGUAAUUCCUGGUUUUCAAAUCUUGAUUUGUCCACGGUGAAAAUCUUGAUUGGUCCACAGUAAUAUUCAUAAAACCCCAUGUAUAUUAAAUAAAGGCAGGCAUUUACCCUUUGCA